AUGGUGGCAACGAUUACGUUCAGGCUUCGUUCUAGCAAUCAUGUCGGGGUUAUUGAUGUUCCCCACCGUAUGAUAUCAUGUCGUGAGAUUAAGGAGGCGAUUGCAACGCAGUUGAGUGGAUCUCCGGAAGAAAUAGACAUCUUUAUUUCAGGGAGCUCGGAUUAUUUACAUCCCGAGGAGGAACUUCCAGCGUACACCGUUUUGGAGGUGGUAAGGCAUGUUGCAUCUGGUAGACCUCCUCCAAGGCGCGAACGUGAGGCGCCAGCCGGUAACUCAUCACACCAACGUUCCCUGACGAGAAUGGGCGCCAAAGAAGGGACUGCUUCAGCUCCAUUAACAGAGGAGGAACGCCUUGCGCAGCUGAGUGAGGCUGUGGCUGCGGAAACGGGUAUUGAUGAAGUGGGUGGUUGGCGGACACGUCAGACGCGCAACCGCCCGAUGGGAAACGCAAUUGGGGGCCGCGAGAGCUCAUUUCUUCCACCACCGCCAAAUUAUAUUUGCCACAACUGUGGCAAGCGAGGACAUCUCAUUCAACAUUGCCCAGCGGCAAAGGGGACGAAGGGACUGAAGUUGUUGUCACUUCCAACUGGUAUUCCGGAGACCAUGCUGGUAGAGUGCACGAUGGACGAUCCGGCAGCAAAAUUUGUGACACGUGAUGGUCGUUUGGUGAAACGACGGCUAGACAAUGCGAGCUUCACUGGUGUCGUGACAGCCGCCGCCGAUGUGGCAGAUUUGCAAAGGGAGUCCGUCACAAGAUUAAAGAGUAGUAAAGAAGGCCAUAGCAAGGGCCUUGUUGACGGUGAGGAUGCGAAGGCCACGGAGGAAUCCAAACUGUUGUGUGGCUGGGAUAAGCUGCUGGCAAAGAAUGCGAUGAAAGCACCCUGUUGUGCGACCCUGUUAUGUGAGACUUGCUUUAACGAGAGGGUGGAAGAAUUGAUUGGCCGCGAGGAUGCGGAAGGGACACCGCUUCUGUGCCCAGGCUGCAACAAGCCUCUCUCAGUGUGUGACGUCACUCCAGCGGUGGAGGAACGAAAAAUUAUUGAAUCCCUUUAUUCCAGAAAGCGUGGAAGGAAAUGA